AGGUGGAGCGACAUGGCGAGGGGUAUCGUAUUGUACAGGCAGACACGCGAUAGGCUCUUUUCUGUCUGAUCAGUGUAAACCCGGCAUGACAUCUAGUAGUUAUUCGCGUUGACCGCAGUUCAGGAACUAUGAAACACCGACUACAAUAGGAAAAACUUGUGCUGAUGAGACGGCGAGGUGGAUCAAGUUCACUGGGCGAAGAUCAACGAACAACCUCCUAAUUCUUUCAGUUCGUAUUAUUCUGUCGGCUGCUAGGAUGAUUCAGCUACGACUGUCGCUCGCCAUUGCGCCUUCCAUAUGCGUUUAGGUUUUAGGACUGUUUUAGCUUUUAGUUAUUUAUUUAAUGCAACGAACAUCCUAUGUUGAUACUUCUCGAGGAGACGCAGCAGCAAGGGGACCCGCGACUGAUAUCCUACAAGGACCCGUUUAUUCGUUUGUAAAAGCUGACUACGAACACCAAACAUGUUUGAAACAAGAGGGAUUCUGAUGGUUCUCCUUGACAUAAUCUGCUUAACACUAGUGGGACUCCCGUUUGCAAUACUCUCAUCACAACACAUGCCAUUCAUACGUGGAUUCUACUGCGAUGACGACUCCAUCAAGUACCCACGUAAAGAAGACACCAUAUCCUACCAGUUACUGGGCGGGGUAAUGAUUCCCUUCGUAGUGCUGUCUUUGAUCAUUGGAGAGUGCCUUUCGGUGCAUCUAAAGCGCAUCAAGUCCAAGUCGUGCAUCAAGAACGACUACGUGGCCUACCUCUACAAGACUAUUGGCACUUUUCUGUUUGGCGCGGCGAUGAACCAGUCGCUGACCGACAUUGCCAAGUACUCGAUUGGCCGGCUGAGGCCGCACUUUUUGGACGCGUGCAAGCCUGUGUGGGAGAACAUCGACUGCAAAUCCGGGGGCUACAUCGAGAACUUCACCUGCACGGGAGACAGCACCGAGGUGCAGGAAGCCAGGGUCUCCUUCUAUUCCGGUCACUCCUCGUUCUCCAUGUACUGCAUGGUGUUUCUCGCUCUCUACCUGCAGGCCAGGCUCCGGGCAGAGUGGGCCAGGCUUCUCCGCCCCACCGCGCAGUUCUUCCUGAUAGCAGCCGCUUUCUACGUGGGCCUCUCGCGCGUGUCUGACUACAUGCACCACUGGAGCGACGUCCUCGUGGGGCUCACUCACGGGGGCGUCAUCGCCAUACUGACGGUAGUGUGUGUGUCGGAUUUCUUCAAAAAGUCUGUGGCGCCCCACAGAAAACCGGAGGAGGACAUGCCCCACUGCAGUCUACAGGAGAGCCCGACCAACGGAAACCAUUACGGCAGCACUCACUGACCAAUGCCCACAGUCUGGGAGUCAAACGCUGCAUCGCAAUGUCUUGGAUGCAUGUGCAAGUCUGAAAGUUCAGGACAGGUUAAUUGUGUCGAUUUAUGAACGUUGCCUUUGUUGGACUGCUGUAUCUGCUACCAAAGUUUCUUCUGUAGUGUUCACAUACACCCAAAUAUUAAUGUACAUAUGAAACACAUCCAGACAAAAAAAAAAAAGUUGCUUCGUUUAGUUUAGUUUUUUUUAUAAAGUAAACCAAAAAUAAUUUGUUGAAUUUCUUUUAUUAAAAUCCUUAAAAUUA